UAAAUUAUAGUAUUGGUAGCACUGCUUUCUAAUAUGGCUGCUAUUAAUGGAGCCGAAAUUAAUCCAGCAAUAUAAUACUUGUAUGGCUAUCAGCUGACGUUGGUGUUGUGAUAGGUUAUUAAUACCUAUCUUCAGCAGGGAAAAAGUCCGGUAGUGGUUCUGUAGGUGAAAAUGAGCGACCUCGAGCUCCAAGAAGAAGAGAGGGAGGUGCUUCUUUCUAUUUAUGAUGGGGACCCGGCGUUCAAGCAACUGUCUCCUACAACCUUCCAAUACAAGUACGGGGAUGACGAGAGUCCGAAGUCGUUCCUGCUGGAGCUGUCGUGGGGUCCCACGUACCCGUCGGAGCCACCGCAGUUCAACAUGGACACCUUCUACAACAAGCACGUUGUGCUGCAGGUGAAGAGGCGCGUGGCGGCCCGGCUGCUGGAGCAGAGCGGGCAGCUGCUGGGGGAGGCCAUGACCUACACUCUGCUGGAGUUUGCCAAGGAGCACUUCGAAGAGCUGGUGUCGGAGCAGCCUGAGACGGCGGCCGUGGAGGAGCUGGAGCAGGGCGUGGAGCGGGCGUCUCUCGCCGACCUGCAGGACGCGGAUGUGGUUCGCAAGCUGCCCAAGAAGGAGCAGCUGAGCAAGGCGCAGAAGCGCAAGCAGUGGGACCGCACCGACUCGAAGGGCACGCGGCCUCGCGGCUGGGACUGGGUGGACGUGGUGAAGCACCUCUCGCAGACGGGCUCCAAGCAGGAGGCGGAGGCCCCUUCCUCCGCCGCGGGCUCGUAGCCCCUGCCCCCCUGGCCCGCUGUGUUCCGGACCGCCGAGGCAUCCGUCGACCCCGGUGCUGCUUACUGCCAGCUGCAGCAGCGAUGCCUGCUGAGGAGGAUGUACCGGUAGAGCGUGUAAACAUAGAAUACAAUGAAAUUAACGAUUAAUCGCUACGGCAACAGUUUAUUUUGUUGCUGUCGGCGGUUGUUACAGGGAGAAUCGACUGUAUUUAAGUACCUGUUUCUUCAAUACCACCGUGGUUCCAGACAUAACAUGUGUGUGGAGGGAGUCCCUUGCAAGGAGGAAAUCAAUUAGGUCAAGACUUUAUCGUAUUGAGUCAUCCAACUGGUGUGAUGUUCGAAUGGAAAUGCUUGAUAUGGGCCUAGUGGACCGGGUGGCUCCCGUUUGUACUGCAGAAGUAGUAUAUGCUUGUCUUGGAAGAAACACUGUGGUAUUUUUUAAACACAAAAUUUUAAUUCUCCGAAAACUGGGACAGGUGUUUGAAUGCCUUCUGUUUUCAAUCACUGAUAACAGCAUGCUAGAAAACAAAGCGUACAGUUCGAAACCUAAGUGUAAUAUUUUUGUACUUUUUGUUGUAUCAAUUCAAUUAUUGGUUCAUUAAAUAUAUUUUAGCAAAAAAAAAAAAUAAAUAAAUAUCAUGAUGAUAAUGCA